GUCACCCGGCCUUCCCACAAUAGUCUUACUAGGACAUAUGAAGUAGAGCCGAUCCCAAUAUGAGCGGGGAUGUGCUAUUAAGCCGAAGGACGUUUGAGCUAUUGGCCUCCCCAAGAGUCUUUAUCCUUAAAACAAAAUGCUGCUUGCCAAUAAAUAAAACGUUGCUCUGAUGCCGCACAAUGCUCCUAGCCUGCAGCCGAGGUUAGAGCAGUCCAUUCGCGCUCGGGCCAGGGCUAGGCAGCACGAUAACAGCGAUGCCUUCUGGGACAAGCACUGCUCUGAAUUUUACAUGCCAGAUGCGGAGUAUCGGUGUGCCUUCGUGGGCGUUCGUUUCCCGUUUUCUGGUUCAUUCCUUGACAAGCCGCUCGCGAUGUCAGCGCACAGCCUGGCAAAACUGUUACAGUACAAGUAUGACAGCGGCGUGCUGGACGAGUUCCUCAUUUUGGGGCCCACCUACCAUGAGUACGACGACGGCGCCGUACGGGUGAUCAGCUCCGGCGCCAGCCCGGCCGCCGAGUACACGGUUUUCGACGGUUUCACGCUCGUACAGUACGGCAGGAUGCGGGCGGAGUUCGACGGCCCGGGUCCGGGCGAGGGCGGUACGGCGCCAGGCGGCGGCGGUUGGCGGUUGCGGCUGUACAGCUUCGUGGUGUGCGGUUACGAGCUGCUGGUUGACCACUCGGUGCUGCACUCGGAGGUGCACGAGGCGGUCCGUGCGCUGGCGGAGCGGUCGGACGCGCUGGACGUGCUGGCGGGCGAGCUGGGCGUUGCGGCGGCGGGCGCGACGGAGGCGGCGAUGGCGGCGGCCGAGGCGGCGGAGGCGGAGGUGGCGGAGGCGGUGGAUGAAGCCGCGGACCCUCGCGGCCGGCGGCAGCAGCACCAGCAGCACCAGCAGCACCAGCAGCACCAGCACUGGCAGCAGCAGGGCCCGCAGGAGGGCCGGCGGGCGGCGGCGGCCGCCGGUGGCGGUGCCGGCUCCCGUGCCAGCGCGAGCACCAGCAGCGCCAGUGCCGCCACCGAGACCGCGGCCGAGUGCGCGUGGCUGCUGCUGCAGGCUCAGACCACGCUAGACUCCGCGCGCGCCUGCAUGCGCCGCCACCGCUCGCGUCUGGAGGGCUGCCUCGCCUUUGAGUGGACCUACCUACACCGCCUGUUCCUGCGGAUGCAGUUGGCGGACGCCAUGCACGUCGCCGGCGGGUCGCUGCAUGUGAGCGAGGAGGCGGUGGAGGCGGCGGAGGCGGCCGCCGCCGCAGGCAUGGCGCCGGCGGCGGCGCUGGCGUGGGCCAUCACGGCGCAGUCGCAGGCGCGCACGUCACGUGCGCCGCCGCCGCCGCCGCCGGCUGUGUCCUCCUAUCCGGCAGCGGUUGCUGCUGGUGCCGCUGGUGCCGCUGGCGGAGGUAGGGGCCGCGCUGGUGGCGGCGGCGGUGGCAGUGGCGGCGGCGGCCCGCCGCUGCUUGCAGACCUUCCAGAGCAUCUGGGCACCUCACUUGAACAGUUGCAGGCCCGCCACGCGCUGCAGUUGAUGGCACUGCAGCAGCUGCACAACCAACAGCGGCGGAUCCGGCUAAUGGCGUACGGCGGCAGCCGGCAAGGCGGCGCCGUUGGAUCCGGAUGCAGCAGCUCGGGCCAGGCGGCGGAUUCAACUUCCUGGAUCGAGGAUCCGACCUGCUGGCCGAGGCCCGAAGAGCUGUCGGUUGGCGAGCGGCAGUUGGCACACAGCGUGGCGGGCAUUGUGAUCCGCCGGGCGUAUUUCGAAUCCAGCGCUCUCACGGAAACCGUGGAUUCCGUGGAUUUGACGGAUCGCGACCUGGACGAGCUGCUGGGCCUGGAUCCAGGGCAGGCGGCGGCGACGCGGUUGCGGCACGCCGGCGGUGCCGGCGGCAGCGGCUUGCGGCCACCGGCGGCGGCCGCCCACGGCGGGCGCGGUGCGGCGGCGGCGGCGCGGCAGCCGCCGCUGGUGCAGGCGAUGCAGUUGGCUGUGGCCAUUGACCGCGAUGCGGCGGUGGAGGAAGCGGUCGAGACGGCGGCGGCGCGGCAGAUCCUGGAGCAGUUGCUACAGCCGAGCCUGGGUACAGCCGCCGCCUCCGCCGCCGGCGGUUUGGCAUCGGCGGGGCCCAUGCUCCGGCGACCGCCAUCACUCGCUGCUACAGCCGGCGGCGGCCCCACCGCCGCCGCUCACACCCGUCCGGAGGAGGCGCCAAUGCCGCUGCUGCUACUGCCAGCGCCGCGGGCUUCGGCGCAAGCUCACAUGGAGCUACAGCCGCCGCGGGUGGAGCUACAGCCGCCGCGGGUGGAGCUACAGCCGCCGCGGGUGGAGCCGCUUCCUCCCGCCGCCGCCGAGGACUGCCCCGGCGUCGGCAUGGGCAGCAGACGGCACUGGCAGCCGCAGCCGCAGCCGCAGCCGCAGCCGCAGUCGUCACGGGGCCCUGACACGCCCUUUGACGACCUGGGAAGUAAUAUCUCAGACAUGGCAGACCUGAGAGCCAUCCUAGCGGUCGCCGCGCACCGCACCGACUACACCGACGGCGACGGCGGCGACGGCGCCGAUGCAGCGGCGGCGUCGCAGUGGCCUGAGCCCAGCAGCUGGCCCAGCCUGCCGGCGGCGGGGGCAAGCAACGGUGGCGGCGGCGGUGGCGGUGGCUGUGGCGGCGGCGGCGGUGGCGGCGGUGGCGGUGGCACUAGAUCCAGCGACUACCUGCCAGCGCACCUGCACGCGCAGGGCCACCAGGCGCCGCCACCAUUGCCGUACCGAGGCUCCGCACCCGCCACCUACGGCGACGGCGGCGGCGGCGGCGGCGGCGGCGGCGGCUCGCUUUUGGAGGCGGCGGAGCCGGCUCGCAGCACGGGCACCUACAUGCCAGCUCCGACGCCCGAAUCCGGCACGAUGAGUAACGCUGUCACCUGGCCGCCGCCGCCAUCGCGCCGCCACCUCGGCGGCGGCGGCGGCGGCGCCGUCACCUCCGGCAAACGGCCGUACGACGCAGUUGCUGCCGCCGCCAGCAGCCACCAGGACUGCUCGUCGGCGGCGGUGGACCAACCGCUCAAACGGGAGUUCCUCCGUGAUCGUGACGGCGGUUGUGACGGCGGUCACGUUGAAGGCCGCGGCGGCCCCGCGGCGGGCGGCGACCGGGAGGGUGCUGACGCCCGCCGGUCGCAGCCGGCGUCACGUCCGUCGUCGCCUUUGCGCUCGCACUCGGUUGAGCGCACGCAACACAACCGGCCGGCCGCGAGGAGUGCCGUGGAGCCCGCCGCCGCCUCCGAGCGCUUCGAAACUAGGCACGUGGGCGGCGGCGCUGGCGCUGGGCACGGCGGGCGGGCGGCACUGGUGACGGCGGCGGUGCUGCAGCGCGAGCGUGAACACCUGCGCUUGCAGCAGCAACAACAUCAGCAACAACAGCAGCAGCAACAGCAGCAACAGCAGCAACAACAGUUGUCACAGCGGCAGCCGCAGCUGCAGGAGCAAGGCCGUGGCUACAGUCGCGGAUCGCCGCAGCUGCAACAGCAGCAGCAGCCGCAGCAGCAACUGCAGCGCUUGCAGCACUUGCAGCACUUGCAGCACUUGCAGGGGCAGCACGACCCCAGCGGGUACAGCCAGGAUCCCCGCUGCCACCAGGACUUGUACCAGGACAACCACAACCAACACAACCAACACAACCAACACAACCAACACCAACAAGGACAACAACAACCGCAGCACACCAACGGCAACUACCCGCACAGCGCCAACGAACACCACCCGCAUUACAUGCGCGGCGGCAACCAUGGCAACCACCCCUACCACUCCAACCUCCCCAACCAGCCCAACCAGCAGCCCAACCACUCCACCCACCAACGGCCCAACCACCACACCCACCAGAACCACAACCACCACGGGCCCAACGAUCACUCGGCUCCCCUGGCGGACCACGCGGCCCAGCAGCAGGCGCGGCUGCAGCAGGAGGCGCUGCGGGAGCAGCUGCGGCGCCGGCACCUGCUGAGCAUGCAAGCAGCGCAGGGCCAGCAACGACAAGGCCACCUACAGCAGCGCCAUCAACAGCAGCAGCAGCACGCGCGUUCGGGUGGCGCGUAUGGUGGCGGUGCCGCGUUGGCGACGCGGCCGGCGGCAGUCGUGGCGGCCCCUGCAGGCGCCGUGGGCGUAGGGCGCAUGCUGCCGCCGGGCGGCGCGAGCGCUGCGGCGGCGGCGGCGCGUGCCGGCGGCGGCUUCGGCCCCAGCCGUGGCGUUGUGGGUGCGGCUGCGGCGCCGCCGCUGCUGCCAGCACGUGGCUCGCACUAGGCCCCAGACCAGCAGCAGCGGAUGCAGCCACAGACGCAGCCGCCGCAGACGUGACGUGUGUCGGAGAGCGAGCGCAAGGAAAGGGUAAACAUAGUAUAAUGUAUGUUCCAGGACAGCUCCGACAAACUCCCAACUAACUCGUGUACGGCACCCCCAAACCCCUCAGCCGAACAGGAGUUCGGUUGGGUGUCAGCAGCUGCGGCGAGUGGGAGCUGGCAGUUGUGUGGCGGGCCGGCUGGGAAGCUGCCGAGCCAGGGGCAUGAACACGGGUCGUUGGCGCGAGUUGGGUAACUCCGUAACUGUACGAUGGGAGCUGACAGUUGCGCGGGAAGCCGACUGCGAUGCCACAGGAGCGCACGGCAGAGCACAGGAGUCAUUGGCGCUAGUCGGCGGUUGCACGAGUGGGAGCUGGUAGCUGCACGCGGAGCCGUUUGGGAAGCCUCGUGUGAGCUGCGUGUAAAUUCAUAUGGGAUGCAUGGGGCUGCGCUUUUUCCAUCAGCUGCAUCUGGGCUGCACACGGGGCACACAUGACUGCGGUGACGGGAGCAUUCUGUCGGCUCUGCCCGAUGGCCGUGGUUGGCUGCCGUAUUUCUGACCGGAGACAUCGCCUGCGGCAGAGUGAGUGAAGCGCGCGGCCGGUGUAUGGCUGACGGUGUUGUACGGGACGUGCAUCGGUGCUGGUCGUUUGGGCAAGGCAAGGACACGCAGGGCUUGGCUGGGCGUCUUCGUGUGAUGGAACACGAUGGAACAUUAUGGCAAGCAAUUCGUUUGCGUAUCGCACGCCAGUGCGUGCAGACACCCGUGCAGGGCCGGUUCACGGAUUCGAGGCGGAAUCCCACUUCCGCAAUUAAAGCGUUGUGGCAGCAGCAGGCAAAGAGCAUCGGGAAGUGUGUGGCGGCGUUGGACACUGCAUCUGGGGCGGGCCGUGGCGCUCUGCUGCUGGUGGGCUACGGCGGAGGCACACACGGUAGAGCGGUGUGUGUGUGACCCCAGCUGGUGGGCUGGUGGGUUCCUAGUUUCAGCAGGGAUUCAUUAAUGCGGCCGGCGGUGCACUUCUUACUCACUGGCACAGCUGUGUCCUUAGGCCACAUCGUUGUGUGAAAUGCACUGGAGAACAACAGACACGACAGACUCCCAUGGGGCGGGAGACACAAUGAGCAGAGAAAGAAAAGGUUAGCACAACGGCAAAAGGACUUCAACAUUACCCGCCACGUGGUGCAUUCUUAACUGAGGAAAGCUGUGUUGGUGAAUGGUGACAGUAUGGGCGGCUGACGCUGCGCUGGAAGGGCCGGCUGCGCUGCGCUGGAAGGGCCUUCCGUGAAAGACU